UGGGCGAGGCACCUCAUGCUGGCACUAGGGAGCCUGGCGGCCUGGGCCUUGGCCUUAGCCCUCCUCUGGCUCCUCGCCACGCAGCUCUGGGGGCCGGGCGGGGGCAGCCUGCUGCCCAGCCGGGAGCCGGGGGGUGCAGGCGAGGGAGACGACGGGGACAAUGUCAUUGGGGAGGAGGGGCCUGGGGCAGGGCGCUGCAGGCUCAUCUGCAAAUCCUCCGCCCUGGCCCGGAGCCUGCUGCGGAGCCUGCGGCGGGGCGCUGCCCUGCAGAGCGGGUGCUGGCUGUGCAGGACCUGGCCUCAGCUCCAGACCAUGUUCCAGCUCCUCGUCCCCCCUGCCCGCCAGCCGGAGCUGGCCCGGGAGCUCCUGCAGCUGGCCGACGGGGGCCUGGUUGCCCUGGACUGGGUCAUGGGGCCCCGUGGCAGCAGCAAGAGGAGUAGAGCAACCACUGCCUUUGGCACCGCCCCGGUGCUGCUUGUCCUCCCCAAUGCCUCUGGGAAGGUCACCAGGGGCGUCCUGCACCUCUGCCUGCUGGGCCUGGAGCAGGGCUACAAGCCCGUCAUCUUCAACCGCAGGGGACACAACGGCAGCCCGCUCGCCAGCCUGAAGCUGCAGGCCUUCGGGGACCCAGGCGACCUCAAGGAGGCAGUGACAUACAUCCGCGUGCGGCAGCCAGGUUCCUCGCUCUGCGCCGUGAGCGAGGGCUCAGGCUCGGGCCUGCUCCUCUCCUACCUGGGGGAGUGCGGCUCCUCCAGCUACCUGGCUGCAGCGGCUUGCAUCUCGCCCGUGUUCAGGUGCCAGGAGUGGCUGGAGACCGGGUGCCCCUGGCUGUAUGAGUGGAGUCUGCUCCUGCACCAGAAACGAGGCCUCAGCAGGUAUGCCACCGCGCUGGCAGAGGUUGUGGAGACAGGCAGGCUGUUCAGGAGCCGCUCGCUCCGGGAAUUCGAGGAAACCCUCUUCUGCCAGACCAAGAGGCACCCUGUCACCUGGGACGCUUACUGGGAUCGCAACGACCCCCUCCGGGAGGUGGAUGAGGCAGCUGUCCCGGUCCUGUGCAUCUGCAGCGCCGACGACCCCGUCCGAGGCCCUCCGGCCAGCACCCUCCCCAUGGAGCUCUUCCACAGCAGCCCCUACUUCUUCUUGCUGCUGACACCACACGGAGGGCACUGCGGCUUCCUGAGGGAGGGGCCCUGCUCCUGGAGCCACGAGGUGACGCUGGAGUACUUCGCCGCCGUCGCGGAGUUCUUUCGCACGGAGGAGAGGCUGAAGGGGCUGCACCGGUACAGGAGGGGCGUCCUGCAGAAGAGAGAGGCUUCCUCCGCUGCCUGCCACCUCCAGGAGAUCUUCAGCUGGCAGAGGUCCUACACCAGCAACUGACAGUGAAGCAUUUUCAGCUGACUGGCAAAAGACCAGGCAUUCACCUGGAAGCUGCAAAUGGAAAAUACACCCCCCACCCCGGUUCCCCCAAAAAGUGUGGAGGAAGAAAAUCCAAGAAAGUAAAAAUGCC